AUGGAGCCAAUCAGUGGGGUUUCGUACCGUAUGGUACUAAUGGUAACGUGCUUGGUGUGUUUAGGGUUUAGUGUUGGGAUGUGCUCAGAUGCCUUGAUCAAGACGGUAGUGUCUAACGAUGACUUGGUCUAUUCCACUAAGCUUAAGCUGGUUCCUACUAUCUCUGGAUCGGAUUGGGAUUCACUUGUGAUGCAGUCCAAAGUCCCGGUGAUGAUUCUGUUCAGAGCCGAUGGGUGCAUAACAUGUCGUGCGAUAGACGUUGUACUCGAUCAAAUGAGCUUGGAAUACGCGGAUAAUGUGUUCAAGUUCUACAGAAUCGACAUUAACAAGGAGUCAGACAUCGCAAACCGUUACGCCGUACAAUCUACCCCGACAACUCUUGUCUUCAUACAAGGAGACGAAUGGGCUAGAGUCCCGGGAGUUGACACAGACAGGUUAUGGGAAAUCGUGAGGGAAUUCGCUUGA